AUGGCUGUGGUAUCUCUGUUGUCCCCAGGCUCAGCCGGCUUUGCAUCCCUGCGGCUGGUGGGCGGAGGGAGCCGGUGCGACGGACGAGUGGAGAUCUUCCAGCAUGGGAUGUGGGGCAGAGUUCUGGAUGACGAGUGGGACAUGCAGGAGGCCAGUGUGGUGUGCCGGCAGCUGCGGUGCGGAGAGGCAGGGACAGCCUACAACCCCCCAAAGCCUGAGCGAGGGACGGGCCCCGUGGGGCUGCGAGGGGUCCGGUGCGCAGGGCACGAGGCCAACCUGGCCCUCUGCAACACCUCCCUGCCUGAGAGUGCACUGGCAGCAGGGGUUGCGGAAGACGUGGGAGUCAUUUGCUGGGGGAGCCGGUGGGUCCGGCUGGUGAGCGGGACCGGGCGCUGUGCUGGGAGAGUGGAGCUGUACUACCAGGGCACCUGGGGGACUGUGUGUGACGAUGGCUGGGACCUGUCUGAUGCCGCCGUCGUUUGCCACCAGCUGGGCUGUGGAGGGGCGGUGGAGGCGGCUGGCUCUGCUCGGUUUGGGGAAGGCUCCGGCCAGAUCUGGCUGGAUGGCGUGAACUGCUCUGGGGCUGAAGCUGCUCUCUGGGACUGCCCUGCCGGGCCCUGGGGGCAGCACGACUGCGGGCACAAAGAGGACGCGGGAGUCAUCUGCUCAGAGUUCGUGGCCCUGAGGCUGGAGAACAGCGACGGCUGCUCUGGGCGCCUGCAGGUUUUCUACAACGGGACAUGGGGGAGCAUUUGCUCCAACUCGAUGACUCUUGACACGGUGUCGCUGGCAUGCCAGGAGCUGGGCUGCGGGGAUGGAGGAUCCCUGGAAACACGCCUGCCCUACGGCAGGGUGUCUGGCCCUGCCUGGCUGGAUAACGUGCAGUGUGGGGAGAAAACCAGCUCCUUCUGGCAGUGUCCCUCCACUCCCUGGAACCCGCAGUCAUGUGAAGACCUGCGAGAUGAGACCCACAUCACCUGCAAUGAUCCCACUCGAGGCCGUCUGACUGGCAGCGGGAGAGUCUCAGUGCCCGUCAUCAUCUGCAUCAUCCUGGGGGCCCUUCUCUGCCUGCUCCUGGCCCUCCUGGCCGGGCAAGUGCUAAGCACCAGGACUGGGCGCAGAGGCUCCAGGAGAGCUCAGGAGCUCUUCCCCGAGGCCGUGUACGAGGAGAUCGGUUACAGCCCAGCGUGGGAGAAGCAGGCGAGGUUUGGUCGCUCAGGGGCCAGCCUGCGCUCCCGGACAAGUGUCGGGGUCCCCAGAGCUGAAGGAGACACCUUGUCCCUGUCCCUGGCGAGCAUGGGCUAUGAUGAUGCUGAAGAGGUGUCUCUGGCACAUCCCCGUGAGGACACAAAGGCUGUGACAGUGGAGCUCUGUGCACAACAGUCCCUGAGCCCCAGGCCAGGAGAGCCCAUCCCUGCUGUGCAGCUGGGUGCAGCCGGGACGGAGGAGAGGUCUGUGCAGCUGGGAGAGCUGUGA